CUCCAGGGCUGACCUGACCGUCUUGUUGCACCCUUCCUCAUUCCUCCCUCCUUUCCCCCAACCCACCUCCAUCUUCACACAAUGGCUUCUCGGCGCCUAGCGUUCAACCUUAACCAGGCUCUCCGGAGCAAGGCCGCCUUGAAGGCCAUCCAGCCCGUCAAGCGUGGCUUCGCUUCCCCGGUCACCUUGCCUUCCACCACCCAGUCCACCACUCUCUCCAACGGUUUCACGAUCGCUACUGAGUACUCCCCAUGGGCUCAGACCUCCACUGUUGGCGUGUGGAUCGAUGCCGGUAGCCGGGCAGAGACUGACAAGACCAACGGAACCGCGCACUUCCUGGAGCACCUUGCUUUCAAGGGCACCAACAAGCGUUCCCAGCACCAAUUGGAGCUCGAGAUCGAGAACAUGGGCGCUCACCUGAACGCCUACACAUCGCGCGAGAACACCGUCUACUACGCCAAGUCCUUCAACAACGAUGUCCCCAAGGCCGUCGACAUCCUCGCCGAUAUCCUUCAGAACUCCAAGCUGGAGCCCACUGCCAUUGAGCGUGAGCGCGACGUCAUCCUCCGUGAGCAGGAGGAGGUCGACAAGCAGCUCGAGGAGGUUGUUUUCGACCACCUCCACGCCACUGCUUUCCAGAACCAGCCCCUUGGUCGCACCAUCCUCGGCCCCAAGCAGAACAUCCAGACCAUCUCCCGUGACAACCUGGUCGACUACAUCAAGACCAACUACACUGCUGACCGCAUGGUCCUCGUUGGUGCCGGUGGUAUCCCCCACGAGCAGCUCGUGAGACUCGCUGAGGAGCACUUCGGUGGCCUCCCCAGCAAGCCCCCGACCUCUGCUGCCCUGGCCCUCACCGCCGAGCAGAAGCGUAUCCCCGAGUUCAUCGGUUCCGAGGUCAGAAUCCGUGACGACACUCUCCCCACUGCCCACAUCGCCCUUGCCGUCGAGGGUGUCAGCUGGAAGGACGAUGACUACUUCACCGCUCUCGUCACCCAGGCCAUCGUCGGUAACUGGGACCGUGCCAUGGGUAACUCCUCCUACCUUGGCAGCAAGCUCAGCUCUUUCGUUGAGUACCACGGCCUUGCCAACAGCUUCAUGAGUUUCUCCACCAGCUACAGCGACACUGGUCUGUGGGGUAUCUACCUGACCUCCGAGAACGUCACCCGCCUCGAGGACCUCAUCCACUUCACCCUCCGUGAAUGGUCUCGCCUGAGCUACAACGUCACCUCCGCUGAGGUUGAGCGCGCCAAGGCUCAGCUGAAGGCCUCCAUCCUCCUCUCCCUUGACGGCACCACCGCCGUUGCCGAAGACAUUGGUCGCCAGAUCAUCACCACCGGCCGCCGCCUCAGCCCCGAGGACAUCGAGCGCACGAUCGGCCAGAUCACCGAGAAGGAUGUCAUGGACUUCGCCUCCCGCAAGCUUUGGGAUCAGGACAUUGCCAUGAGCGCUGUCGGCAGCAUCGAGGCCGUCCUCGACUACAACCGUAUCCGUGCGGACAUGAGCCGCAACUCUCUGUAAAAAGGGGGAGCUCAUGAACGUGGAUUGAGAGAGUGCGAGCGAGAGAAUUAAGGAGACGCAGAAGAUUUAUGGCCCGUGUUUUCUUGUUUUGGUGAUUUUCUAAUAGAUAGAAGCGGUGGUCGUGCCCGAAGGAGCGUGUCAUGUACAGUACACAACUGUCGCUAUAUCAAAAUGUAUUUGUUUAGUUUCAGUUUUGCAUCGUUACACCGUAGGAGACAACACCAGCCAGUUUAUCAUAUCACCAUACAUAUAUGUUCACUUUAGAGAAAUAAAAAAACA